GUUGACAUGAAAACCGUGUCAUAUUAGAUAUCGACGUUGAAGUAGUUUUCGCUCUCCAAGUUUGAAAUCGCCAUUCCCCAACCGGCGAUGCUGAUCCAGGUCGACUCGUUCGUGUGUCCCAUCACGUGCGACGUCAUGGAUGACCCGGUGGUGGCCUGCGACGGAUACUCGUACGAUCGAUCGGCGAUCGAGUCCUGGCUCGAGAACCACAGCACCAGUCCCGUGACCAACAACCAGCUCGCGACGAAGGACCUGUUGCCAAACCACUCCCUUCGUCAAGCGAUCCUGGAAGUCGCGCAACCUCGACACGCCCCGCUCCCUGCGACUCCUAAUGCGGCCACCAACCGCACGAAAAAGACGAAGAAGCCAGCAACUCGCAAGUACGUGGCACCACGAGACGCCAGCAGCAACAACACUGCAGCGAACACCCCGCGCCAGUCUCGCCGCCUACAACGACUGGCCCCCGACGGACCGCCGUCGAAGAGGACCCGUCAGUUGCCUCCGCAGCAUGGUCCUCAACGUCCUUCUGUGGAAGCUUAGUGCCCACUUUAUUUCUUCGAAAGAGCUCGAAUUAACGUUACUAUUGGAUUUCAUUUCAAGUGUUAUCGAGAGCACUGGGC